AUGGCGCUUCUGAAGCCUCGGCGCCUCGAUCAAAGCGAUUACGCGUUAGCUGAACAGGGAUUACAGACUCAUGUGUUGGAUAUUUUGGGAACGCGAGAAACUGAAAUAGAUUUAUUUAGGCCAUCCUUGGCAGACCAACACAAAGUUGGAUUCUUCACACUAGACAGAUGUUCACAAACAGACGUCACAGAGGUCGUAGACCUCAAGGAAAUGACAGAAAUUAUACAAAUACUUCUACAGGAUGUGAGAAACCUUAGAAGGGAUAUAAAAUUUGCCAAACAUAUUAUGCAGGCAGACUAUGAGGAGAAACUUCAAGAGAAAGCUAUGGAGUUAUACUGUCGCAUCAACGACAAGGUCACCCAGCUGGAGAGGAUGCAUGAGGAUAGGGUGGACACAGUACGACGAGCAUUCAAACAACAGUUAGCAGAUGCUAUAGCCCGCAUUACAGUGCUUUAUAGUAAAAAUAUGGAGAGCAAGAUUCAGCGUGAAAAAAACAAGCGUGCAAAUGAUAAAGACAAACUUGGGGAACAGUACAAGGAAAUGCAAGCGACAAUACAGCGAAGCGAACAGGUGAUCUCCAUGUUAAAGAUGCAGUUGGCACACUACCAGCAGCAGCAAAAGACCAUCGAAAUGGAAAGUCCGGCCCCUUCAGACAGACCAUCCAAUCGGACACCUUCAUCACUUGUGUCUUCGGUGGAGGAACUUUCUAUCAAAUCCAAGUCUCCUGAAAUCAAUCCCGAACUUGAGGAACUCCGAGAGGAGGUUGGUGGACUGUCAAGGAAAAUUAGCAAACUGGAGAAAAGUAUUGAUGCUAAGGAUGAGAAUAUUACAGGGCUAAAUCAAGAAAUAGCAAAACUAAAAGAGAUGCUAGAGAAUGAGAAAUCAUUGUCAGAGCAAUUUAAAAAGGAGACUGAGACAAUGAAAGCCAAUGCUGCACAGGAACAGGCCUCCUCUAAAAGACUUAAUAUGCUUAUAGAAAGUUCUAUGAAUAGUCAUCAGGGUUCAGGAAUGGCUAGACAAAAGGAGGAGAUGCAGAAGCUGAUGGAGGACAAGAUGAAAGCAGCCCGUGAGGAGGCCUUGGAACAAGCACAACAGGAGGCCAACAAGUUGCAGACAGCUGAGCAGAAUAAACUUAAGGUUCUGAUAGACCAGAAGAAACGACUGGAGGAAUUGCUGCUACAGGAAAAAAAGAAAAACAAUCAGAAAUCCCAAAGUGAAAUUGACACCGAGAAAUUUAAGAAGAACGAGGACAGGCUGAGAGAUGAAAUCAUGAGACUCAAGGGAGAAAUAGAAAAAGUCCAUAAAAUUUGGGAAAAGAAAUUUGCCAUUCUUCAGCAGAGUAUGCAUGCCCUGAAGGAUGAGAGCUACAUUCGCCAAACACUCCAGCGGCAGGCCGCAACCCUUCACCAUGCAUCCGUCAGUUACGCGGCGGACACACCUGUUGGUAUUAUGGCUAGUAAUAAACAUGCUGCCACAACGCCAAUGAAGAAACCAAUUAUACCUGAUAUUGCCAAGAAAACGUCAGGACAGCCACCAAAUGUACAGGGGGCUCAAGCCGAAAAAGACUAUAUUUCCUACACAGUAUCGGCCCCUAGUGGGCGAGGUACAGCAAUGAUGUCUGUCGAUGAGCACCAAGUGAUGUCAGACGGAGAACAAGAAUUGCCAUCAGACAUAGCUCCACUGCCCGAUCCACCCAUCAGAAGGGGACGUCGCUCCCGGCAGAAACAUCAGUCGAAAGACGAUCUGGAGGAGGAGGAGGUGGACAGUCGACCGACUUCCCAAAGCCGUGUUGUUGUUGUACCAUCUCAGACGUAAAUCCGGUUGACUCUUUAUGGGCUGGAAUAUGAAUGAUAACUGUCUUUGAUAAAUGUCAUUGUAUUAAAGCUGGC